AUGGCAAAUCGAGACAAUACUAUCAGAGAGCCCGGACGUACCGACUCCAAGGGCUACCAGUUUUCACCAGAAGAAAUUAGGGUUCUAAAAGAGUGCAAUAAAGAAAGUUUUUACAAGAGGUGCCUGCCCUUAAGUACACUUUUGGCCGGCUCGACCUACUAUGCAGUCAAGGCUGGCUUCUUAAAGGGGAGUCCGAGAUUCGGCCCUACGCCUAAAGUGUGCGUUGCUGUUAUCGUCGGUUACUUCAUCGGUAAAUUUUCUUACCAAAAUAAAUGUGCCGAAAAACUCAUGCAAUUGCCUCAAAGCAAAAUCGGGGAGAUGUUGAGGCAAAAACGCCGCGGAAAUAUCCGCGAGAAUAUCGAUCCCGGUUUCGGAGCCGGAUUGUCGUUGUCGCCGUUCUCUGGGAUUUCUCCGUCAGAAACUUACUCAGACAUCAGCCCAUACAGUAGCCUCGAUAUAGAUACAUCUCGACCUGAAAAUCCAGGACUCGAUGAUUACUACAGACCGUCGCUGGAUAACCCAGUUGCAGAAACAUUGGAAGAGAUGCCGCCUGAACGCAAAUACACGACAACUUAUGAAGAAUUACGAUUGAAAAACAGAGAAGAAUAUAAGCAACAAAGAUUAGGAAAUAUUAAUGAUAAUGCACCGCCGGCAAGCUUGCCUCCAAGAGAUUCCGGUAGAAGCAAUCGACCAAAUACAAUAGAUAGCAAAAAUAAAUACGGAGAUAGCUGGGAGACGGUAUCGCCUAGUUAA